AUGAAAUUAUGGUCUAGACGAAUAAAUCGUAUGUCAUAUCACCGUCGUUUUUUCGUUAUUUGCGGCUAUCUUACGAUACUUGGUAUUUCUAUUUACUUUCUCAAGGCUUUUGUCAGCCCAGUAGUGUAUUUGCCAACGUUAGUGUUGGACAACGAACGACAUCUAUUCAUUCGUCCCUUCAACGAUAAAAAUCGAAACCGUGAACAUUUAUUGCCGUUUCGAAUACUCAGCGGCUCAUUACAUUAUUUUCGUGUUCUACCACAAUCAUGGUCCGAUCGUAUCAAGAAAAUGAAGGCAGCCGGUUUAAAUACGAUCGAAACUUAUGUUCCAUGGAAUUUACACGAACCACAGCGAGGCAACUAUCAAUUUGGUGAAGGUCUCACGGAUUUAGUCAGCUUCCUCAAGUUAAUUUAUGAACAUGAAAUGUUCACCAUCAUUCGACCCUCAGGAUACAUUUGUGCCGAAUGGGAUUGGGGCGGAUUGCCGAGUUGGUUACUACGCGAUGAAACUAUGCGUGUCCGCAGUAUUCAUCCGGGAUUUCUUGAAGCCCUACAAAACUAUUACUCGCGGCUGUUACCGAUCCUUGCCGAAUAUCAAUACAACCGACAUGGAGCAGGAUCAAUUAUUGCAUUUCAAAUUGAAAAUGAAUACGGUAGUUACGCUGGCGAUCCAACACCAAAAUAUUAUGCGAUUCGACGUGUCCUUGAAAAAUUCUAUUCAAAACAUCCGGAACUCUAUGUCUUAAAUAAUGAUCGCUCUCAUAAAUAUGGACACAGUUUACCUACGAUUCCACCCUCAUCAACAACAACCAGCUAUCGUACUAUUCAAAUAAGUGGUUAUAAAACGUUCGAACAGAUUCUUGCCGAUGACUUGCUAACAGUCACUACGAAACGGACUAACGGCCCGAAAAGUAUGGAACAACUAUCGGUCAAUAAUAAAUCCAGUGCCUCGCAAUGGUUUAUUCUUUAUACGGUAAAGGAUAUUCUGUCGCUAACCAAAGGCCUAGCAUGUCAAGUGAAUGUUACAGCUGUGGCCGACAAUGCUGUCGUUCUUGCCAAUGAGUAA